GCCGGAUAUGACGAAUUUGCAGGAAAAAAUUAACGACCCGGCUGGUAGUUGGACAGGCAUCUUCAAAGACAAUGGUUGAUGCAUCACUCAAUAUCUUCUCUGGUGAUCAAGAUAAUGCAUAUUGUUUCAGUGUCUUCAGUAAUUAAAUUCAACAAAAGAAUCCCUUUAUAAGCUUCCAUGAAGUUCAGCUGCUGUCUGUUGAUUCUGGUUCUUAACCUCAGUGUUUUUGCUCAAGAAAAUGUUACUUCCAACUUGACAUUUACUGUGGGAUCAAGGCCCCUGCCUCUCAACAUAUCAGUUCUCCCUAUCUUUCAAGUCUUGACAAAAUAUCCAGUUCCUCAGAAUAUCAUAGCAAAAGAAGGUACCUGUGUUUUCAUUGAAUGUAAUUUGAACAUUAGCCAGGAGGACACCAUAUUCUGGUACAACUCAAAGGGGCAUCUUCUGGAGCAAGGUGGAAGAGAUGGAAGACUGGUGAUUUCUGACAAUAUCCUCAAUAUCACAGGUGUAAUAUUUGCUGACCGGGGACGAUAUACUUGCAGUGUCACAAAUGAAAAUGGCACCUCUUAUUAUUCAAUCACCCUCAGAGUGGUCUCCACCUCUGGAGACAUGGGUAUUUAUUACAUGAUUGUCUGCCUAGUUGCUUUUACCAUCAUCCUUAUCUUAAAUAUUACACGCCUGUGCAUGAUGAGCAGCCAUCUUCGUAAAACAGAGAAAGCCAUCAAUGAGUUCUUCAGAACUGAAGGGGCUGAGAAACUACAGAAGGCUUUUGAAAUAGCCAAACGCAUUCCUAUUAUUACCUCUGCCAAAACUCUAGAGCUGGCCAAAGUCACCCAGUUUAAAACCAUGGAAUUUGCUCGAUACAUUGAAGAACUUGCCAGAAGUAUCCCUCUACCACCUCUAAUCCUUAACUGCAGGGCCUUUAUGGAAGAAAUAUUUGAAGCCGUGCAUGUUGAUGACCCUGAUGAAGUAGGAGAUGGAGUGAAACAGACCCAAGCACUUGGUACCCAAGAGGGACUGUAUCCCUUAAACCCAGAAAUAAAGCGCAGUAAUUCACCAGCAGGAGAUUCAGAUGAUGGUUCAGUGAAUGACCACUGCAAAGAAAUAGCUGUGGAGGUAUCUGUCCAUCUUCAGUCAGAAGCACAAAGCAUUGAUACUGUUUCUCACGAUAGUGUCCCCUCCCUGCCGUCAGAGGAUGGUCUGAGGGCUGAAUCCAAAUAGAAUAGCAAAGCUACUUGUAUGAUGUUCCUUCUGAUUUGGGAGAAUGCUCUCAAAGAGAAAAGGGAAAAUGCCACCAUAGUCUCAGAUGCAUAAUCCCUGUUUGUUUUUUGUUUUAACUUUUGUUAGGUGACUGUAAAAUCAGCGUAGAUGAAGUUAUUUUAAAAUUCUUACUAUAACUAAUCUUAGAAGUAUUUUGCAGCAAGAAAUCCUUUCUAUCAAUUAUUGAUUACUCCAGUUAUAACAGAGUGGACAAACUUUUGUUGGCUGGUGUAGUACAGUUUAUUAUAUUUGUGAGAGAAAGAUUGCAGCAAAGGGGGCACCGAUGGUAUGAUAUCAUGAAAAAUAAUGGGAUUUUGUGAGAUUCCCCCGCCGCCGCCCUUUUCAGUGAGCUAAGACUAAAAGAGCUACACACCUUUGCUUGCCCCUAAAAACUAAAAUGAAGGCUGAUGAGUUAUCUGUUCAUGAGAUACAGCAAAGUAAUACAUUGAUAUAAACCGUUUUUGUCAUGUCUACCCAGAAAGUUAAAUUCUUAUAUGUGCUCAGUUCUUUUAUUAAAAGAACUUCUUUUAUUACAGUUCACAAGUGUAUUGCAUAAGAAAUUAUAGGUCUUUUUGAAAAAAAAAUGCUAUAAGGAGACUGAUUGCUACAAUUGAAAACUAUGUGAAAAACUUAUGAAAUAUCCAGAGAUUUAGUUGUCUGUAUUUGUGUUCCUAUUAAGUAUUUGCAUUAGAAAAUAAGAACCCAAGUGCAACCUUUGCAUUGCAGUUAAGGACAAACCACUUAAAUAUUUUACCAAUUGCUAAAUAUUUUCAUAAAUGAGGAUUGUUUUCUUGGUUUACUCACAAUAUCAGCUUUUAGAAUAUUAUUUCAUUUCAUUGCAGUGAAAUGACAAAAUCUUUAGGUUCCCUCUGUUACUAUGAUAAAAGCAGUGACAACUUUGGUACCGGUGACUAUUUUGAAGUGUCUGUAGCAACCUCAUUUACAAUUUCAGCUUUCUUCUGGGAGCAGUGUGUUCUUAAUUGUUAAUAUUAAGUGGCCAAUGUUGAAGACAGUGUCAUUCCAUAGCAGUUAUUAAGUGUUCCAUGAAUAUCACCUGGGGGAAGCUGUUAACAUGAGCCAAUGAUAAUUUGGAUAAAAAAGCUGCACCGUUAGAAAAGUAGGCUGAGAAUUGUUAUCUAUGGAGUAAUAUUUGGCCUGGCCCCAAUAAAAAUCCUGGCGAAACCUCAAAUAACAACACCAUUACGCAACAAUCAACUUUAAUACAGACAUUUGGCUGAUUCCGCAUGUUCAGCAGUGUAAUUGCUUACUAGAGCUGUGUUGGCACAGCAGUUAGAAUGCAGUACUGCAGUAAUUCUGCUGACUGCCAGGAGUUCAAUCCUGACCAGCUCAAGGUUGAUUUAGCCUUCCAUCUUCUCGAGGUCUGUAAAAUGAGGACCCAGAUUGUUGGGGGCAAUAUGUUGACUCUAAUCUGCUUCGAGAGGACUGUAAAGCACUAUGAAGUGGUUUAAGUGCCAUUGCUACUGCUUCAGGUUAUAGUUAUGAAAUAAUAUAGUUAAAUUUCACAAACAGACACAAACCUUGUAAAUUCAAAACUAAAUUGUUGAGGAUUUCAUUUGGUCAAUUGUUGCCUGCUGUUCCCCUCACAUAACUUUGUAUGAAGCUUUUAGCUGUCUGAAAAAUUACUUCACAUAACUGCAGUGAUGCAAUCCAUUAUAUCAUCAUCUACUAUAAGCAGAUCUUCCUUAUACUUUGAGGUCACAUUUGCUAAUAAAAUAAGAUUGUCCUUUCUCUUCCAGCCAUUUGAAUUAACCCAGUUCAUAUAUGCUUUUUUUUCGCAUGGGGGCAACAGCCUUAACACAUAAUUUCCUUUUUAGCUUUAAAAAAACUGACAAAUAUAUUUGACCCGUAAUCUAGAAAGUUAAAAUCGCGCAAGUCUAAAUUUAUGAUAGAUAUGAAAUCCCUCUUGCUCUAGCAAAAGUUGAAGAAACAUAAUUUUUGAAGGAAUCUGUUAAGUUUAUAGCACAUGUGGGUGGCAAGUGAUAGUAAUGGCACCUGGAAGUUGGAGUCAUUGGCAGUAAUGCCCAUCUGUUUAACAGAUUGUUUAAGAAAACAUUUACCUCACAAUAUUUAGCUUAAUUUUCUUAAUAUUUGUUUCUGUUUCUGAAACAAACUAGAUCGUGCAGGCUUAAGCUUGGCAAAGGGAUAUGUAAAUGUAGAAUGCUAUUUCUUUUUGUCCUAUAAAUCAUUUUUAUGUAUAACUUGUAAAAAGAGAGGAUCUUGGUUUGCAUCACUUUCUCUGGAACAAAGGCAGGACGGAGAUGAGCAAUUAAUUUAGAUGGAUUAGAUGUGAAAAGCAUGCAUGGUAAAUAUUGUGCAGUGUAGAUAGUUUUUUUUUAAGCAUAUAUUUUUACCAAAUAUUCUUGUAGUGUUAUGAACAUAUUUGGAUAACUAUUGUGGGUGGUAUGUACUUGUUUAAAAAAUUGAUGUAACAUUAUGAAAAAAAACAAUGCAAGACUUCUCAAAUGGCCAACAGAUUUUUAUGAAUAAUUGGGGAAAAAGCCCAGCCGUAAAGGUAUUAUUACCGAACAUUGAUUGGAGUUUCUGCCUGUGUACAUUUUGUGUGUAAACUAAUUUAUAUUAGUAGACAUGAAGUUGUAUUCUCAUUUCUUUAGCUGUAGUGCUUUGUGAAAAUAUUAGAAAACUUAAUUCUGUUCACCAAAAUGUGGUUUCAGCAUUACAUUUGUAGCUUGGGAGUUGCCACAGUUGUAUUUCAUACUUUUAUAUAAAAGUAAAAUGGUGCUUUCUUCCAACAAUAAAAUCUAC